GGGGGGAGAGAGAGAGAGGGUGAAAACGUCUGUACUGGCCUACUGGGAUAAAGAAGUAGACACCCCGGCAUCAGGAGGGCAAGAAAGACAAACAGCUAAAGAUGAGAUCAUCGCUCCAUCUUCUAUUCCUGAUCACCUUAAUACCAUGCUCCAGUUCAAUAGAGGAUAACAAGAUUGCCUCUUCUUGCUGUGGAAUGCCAGGAAUUCCAGGUAUACCUGGGACACAUGGUAAUGCUGGAUUACCUGGAAGGGAUGGAAGAGAUGGAAAGGAUGGGUCCACUGGCACAAGUGGAACUAAAGGUGAUCAUGGAGAACCAGGAAUCUCUGGUGCUCGAGGUUUCCCGGGUAUGGAAGGUCUUCCUGGUAUACAAGGUGAGAAGGGGGUGCAGGGGGAGUGUGCUGUGUCCCCCCGCUCUGCAUUUAGUGCCAAGCUAUCAGAGUCACGCACAUCUCCCAUACCUGGACAGCCUGUUCCCUUUGGCAAGGUAUUAAUAAACGAACAGGGGCAUUACAACCCAGAAACUGGCCGUUUCCGCUGUGUUGUACCAGGGCUCUACUACUUCUCCAUCCAUGGCACUGUUUUCCGUGGAUCCCUUCACCUGCAGCUGAUGAAGAAUGGGCACACUCAGGCAUCCUUUUUCCAGUCUGGUGAUGCAACAAAACCUGUAGGUUUGUGUGGAGGAGCUGCCUUACGCCUUGAACAAGGGGAUGAAGUGUGGGUUCAGUUGGGAGACUAUCCAGGCCUGUAUGCUAGUGAGGGGGACUGACAGUGUGUUCACUGGAUUCUUAAUCUACUCUGACUGGGAACCACAUCCUGUAUUUAACCCUCUCGCCAACACUGAUUCUUAAACCAAAAGACAUGGAGAGAAUUAAAUGGCAUCCAUAUCUACAGCUAGGCAGGUGACCACAGAUUAUAUAGUAUCUGAGCUGGUUAUUAUCAUUAAUAUUGUAAAAUGGACAUUCACACAUUUAUGUUAUUUCAUAAUUUCAGUUAUGUCUCUUUUGAUAAUUGAAUUCUCUUUGAUGCUCACUUACAACAACAAUUACUACAAAAUAAAAGCAACAAUCUAUCAUAGGCAUGAUAACCAUUCUACCCAGUGCACUCUUACCAUUUUAUGCCACACAUUCAAACCAUUCCAUCCUGUGUAUUAUAAUAACUAUCUGCUGAUUCUUCCCAUACUACCGUAUACAAUCUAAAACAUGUUUUCACCAAGUUUUACUAACAUAUAAAUACCGCUAGCAAAACUAGUUAAAGGUGUAUGCAAAUAUAACCGUUUACAUUGUAUCUACGGGAAAUGUGUGCAUUGUUUUAUUAUGGAAACAAAAAGAUUCAAUCUUUUUUGACUCAUAGUUUUAGUAAAAAAAAAAUCUUAGGUCAAGCGUUAUAUAUGAAUUCGUAUUAGAGAAACACUAGUCUGACAGAUUUAUAACAUGCAUUCUACUGAGAUUGGUCUGCCCCACAAAUUUAUACUGCAGUAUCCAGUACAGUCAUCAAACCCAUUCUGUGCAGCAAAGGAUAACAAUAAAUUGCUCUUUCCAAGUAGGGUUGAAAACAUUUCUGUAAAAAUAAUUCCAGCUUCCCUAUAUAUGCGGUCUUUUCUUCCCUGUCAUAAACAUUGGAAUCAAAUAUAAUAAUAGUCAGGUGUUACAAAAUGGAUCCCCCAAAACCCAGUGUUAACAAAAGAUUCACUGCAUAGUUACUGGGCAGGCUGGGCUUAUCUUCAUUUGGGUGAGGAAGAGAGAACAAAAUGUCAGGUGGAAUAAACAAGAAAUAACAGAGAUCCGAAAACGUCACCCUGAAACUAGCAAAACUAGAUUUUAUCAUGGACAAGGACAUGUGCCAUUAACAGGCAAUUCUACAUACGGUAUCAUGAAAUGCAGCUUCUACUGAUCCCCGGCAGUGGCUCGUGAGCAACAGGCUGUUCCCCAACUCUUUUUACAGUUGAUUGAUUGACAGGCCUCCUUCUUACUUACAGUUCCUACAACUAACUACAUCAUUUGGCCAAGUCGGAAUUCUCUAAUAUCGAUGGGAUCAAGAGUGGCUCUCUACAGGAGUAGCAUUAGCAAAGCCCCUAAGUUUUAAGCUUGUAUAACAAUACAUAUAAAUAUUUAUUAUAUAAGCUUAAUCAGUUGCAGUUUAAGGUAUAGUGGCCCUUUUUUGCAGUAGACUAUCAGUUGUGUAUCUACUGUAUGUCUGUAUUUAUAAUCACAUGUUGAGAGAUAUGAACUAGAUAUGUCAGAAAAUGUGUGUCAUACAUUAUCACUGUUAUUUGACCAUGGGAAAGCAGAUACAAAUCACAGGACAGCCUGAAAUUAACUGGUUUGUGAUAGCAAAAAAGGAAACUGCUGUCAAGUUUUUGUAAUUUUGCUGUAUUUUGUUUGAAGGGCAGUUUCACAGGGGAAAAUGAAAAACCAUACCUCUAAAGUUAUUCUAAAUAUCUUUAAAUCUUGAAGCCUCGCCCCUUCAUUUUCAGUAUUCUCUGGGCAUUUGUAGGGGCUCAUUGUCAUAGGCAGUAACAAAAUACCUGGCUGAGGUAAGACUUGGGCUACAACUGUCAAAAAACUAAACAAAUCACCUACUAUAGCACAAGUAUUGUAUGAAUAAGAGUGUUUGGGCCUGGAUGGCAUAUACAAUCAAACAAGAGGAUCUCUGACCGUAAUUUUGGGGUUGCUCACUCUUAUUUGAAGUGAACUCAUGAUAGGUUUAGGGGUUAGGGUCGCCUGCUACCCCAUUAUAAACCAGAUAACAUAUAAGAUACACAUAUUUUAUACAGACUUGCCAACUCUUGCACCCCUUACCUGGUCAGCCAUAGUAACUACCAGUCUCCCUCUCCCCAAAUUUGCAUUCCAAUAAAUUUUUAACCUAAAGCAACCCCCAUGUUGCCCCAGAAACAGACAGAAUUGUGUAGGACUAAUAUCAUGACUCGGUGUGUCCAAGGACCAUAACAGGGUGUUGAUGUAACAAGGCAUUGCUCAAAAUGGGUUUUCUGGGUUAAUAUCUCUGUGCACAUAACACUUUUCCAUGAGUCAAAUUGGAUUUCAUUGGUAUUCAUUUCUAACUAGAUACGGUUGCAUAUCAGCUAUUGCAGAUAAAUGUUUUCCCAAGACCAAUAAUGGAGCAAUCCACAGUGCAAAAUUAUUCCUUUUUUCAAAUUAAAAUGUUACCUUACCUGCUUAGGCUGAUAAUUUGCUAUGGUCCUGACUCUGAUCUGAAACUGAAGAGGCGAAUCAAUUAAGUGUUUCCUUAUUUUUUACUAGUGAGACCAGAAUAUUGAUUAUUUUAUGCAGGGAAACGUCCAUUAUUUUUGGUAAUGUGUCCAUGUGAAUUGUGUAUCAUAUACUAUCUAUACUGUCAAUUGAGAACCAAGCUUAACAGACAUAUGGUAAAUUACCCUAUACAAUGGUAUAUGCUCAUUUCCUUUUUUACACAAUGUUUGAUUUUGCUAUGAUCUUUUUCUAAUACAUUUAGGGGCCUUGAAUUUAUUAGCAAUUCAUUUUUGAUUGGUCAAAUACAGAUAAAAUAUUGAAAGCACAUGUCUGGCUUGUAUGACUUUAUGUAACUGCAGGCAUUAGUUAUGUUUUCUUAACCUAACUAAAAGGAUGUUUUACAUUUUAUUUGUUGUUAUAGGAGAAAGCAAAACAUUUUUACUUUUUUUCCAUACUCUACAGAACAAAGGCCUGUUUCUGGUCUAAUAUUUUAAGGCUGUUGUAAGCACAGCACAUAUGGGCAUUAUCUGCUAUCUAGUCUUAUUACAAUUACUGCAUAUGUUUUGCAAUUGUUUUAGCAUUGAAUCCUAUAAUGUGAGCGGUUUACUCUGCUGUAAUGAACUCUUGUAAUCUGUGAUGGUGUAACCACAAAAUAAAAUUCCACAUUAGAAACCG